AUGCAGAAAGAAGUUCAUAACAUUGACGAGGGGAACAAGAAACUUUUUUGUGGUGAUGUUAAGUUUGCGAUCACUGUAGACGAGUGGUCAUCAAAAAAUGCCUCCUGUGCACUGCUGGCGAUAACCGGACACGUUUUGAAGAAGGACUUCUCAGAGAGGGCCAAUGUUUUAUUAGACUGUGUUCCCUUGGACGAGAAAAGCCACACGAGCGAGGUGAUAACAUCAAAGAUUCUAGCAAGUUUUGCAAAUCUUGGGAUUGCCGCGAAUAACAUGUCAUUCAUGGUCGCAGAUGGGAUCACAGUCAUGAUAAAAGCUGCGUCCGAUUUAGGCAUACAGUACAUUCAUUGCUGUGCGCAUGUUAUAAACUUAGCCGUAUCAACAGCUCUCACCCUUCCUGUCUGUGCGAAUGCUCUGAGAAAAGUAAAGGCCGUUGUAUCGAAGCUCAACAAAAGUGGAAGAAUGAAGAAAACCUCCAAAAGGCUCCUUGAAGAGGAAAAUCUCCCUCAGGUCGAGGUGGUCAUCCACAUAUUUUAUGAUAUGCGAUUUUCUUGCCGCGAGGACAUAUGCGACACUCCUGCGGGCGAGGAUGUCAGAGCUAGCCCUUCCUCGACGCCAACGGGGUCCGACAUGUGGUCUCUAAUCACUUCGCAACCGGCAAGUCCACCCACCAGAUCCUCGCAAAUGCAGGAAGAAGAUCUGCAGAUGGAGCUGCAGCAGUAUUCGAUCCAUUUGAAUCGAGGUAACGCACGCCCACAUGCUGAAUCCGAUCCAGUGACCUGGUGGCACAUUCACCAGCAACAGUUUCCAUUACUGGCGUCAUCCGCCUUGAAAUACUUUGCUACUCCGUGCACAUCAGUAGAUAGCGAGAGACUCUUUAGCACCGCCGGGAUCAUUUUCGGAAACAAAAGAAGACAACGUUUGCUAGGGAAAACCGCCAGGCUUUUCCUCAUGAUCAACGCUAACACUAACAAAGACACAAGCAGGGCCUGCAAAGCUUGGAGUCAGAGAGAAGUUGAGCGUUAUGGUUGUCAUGAGGGUUCCAACUCACCAUCCGUUAGUUCUGAACAGUCUUCAUCUAAAGAUUUAGAGGAGGAGUUUUCCGAAGAAAGCGUGGAAAUCUAG